AUGCUCCUCGACACAACCAGAACCUUUCCUACUACGACUCCCAUCGUGCUCCGCGCCGCCCGGGGCGCGGCGUCGGCUCUCUGCCCACUUCCGGCAACCAAAAGUAAAGCACCUGAUGACUUAGUUGCUCCUGUCGUGAAGAAACCACACAUCUACUAUGGAAGUUUGGAAGAGAAGGAGAGGGAGCGUCUGGCCAAAGGAGAGUCUGGGAUUUUGGGAAAAGAAGGACUUAAAGCAGGAAUCGAAGCAGGAAAUAUUAAUAUAACCUCUGGAGAAGUGUUUGAAAUUGAAGAACACAUCAGUGAGAGACAGGCGGAAGUAUUGGCUGAGUUUGAAAGAAGGAAGCGAGCCCGGCAAAUCAAUGUUUCCACCGAUGACUCAGAGGUCAAGGCUUGCCUUAGAGCCUUGGGGGAACCUAUCACACUUUUUGGAGAGGGCCCUGCUGAAAGAAGAGAAAGGUUAAGAAAUAUCCUCUCAGUGGUCGGUACUGAUGCCUUAAAAAAGACCAAAAAAGAUGAUGAGAAAUCUAAGAAGUCCAAAGAAGAGUAUCAGCAAACCUGGUAUCAUGAAGGACCAAACAGCCUGAAAGUGGCUAGACUAUGGAUUGCUAAUUACUCACUGCCCAGGGCAAUGAAACGCUUGGAAGAGGCCCGUCUCCAUAAAGAGAUUCCUGAGACAACUAGGACCUCCCAGAUGCAGGAGCUACACAAAUCUCUCCGGUCUUUGAAUAAUUUCUGCAGUCAGAUUGGGGAUGAUCGGCCUAUCUCCUACUGUCACUUUAGUCCAAAUUCCAAAAUGCUGGCCACAGCUUGUUGGAGUGGGCUUUGCAAGCUCUGGUCUGUUCCUGAUUGCAACCUCCUUCACACUCUUCGAGGCCAUAACACAAAUGUAGGAGCAAUUGUAUUCCAUCCCAAAUCCACUGUCUCCUUGGACCAAAAAGAUGUCAACCUGGCUUCUUGUGCUGCUGAUGGUUCUGUGAAGCUUUGGAGCCUUGACAGUGAUGAACCUGUGGCAGAUAUUGAAGGCCAUACAGUGCGUGUGGCUCGGGUAAUGUGGCAUCCAUCAGGACGUUUCCUGGGCACCACCUGCUAUGACCGUUCAUGGCGCUUAUGGGAUUUGGAAGCUCAAGAGGAGAUUCUGCAUCAGGAAGGCCACAGCAUGGGUGUGUAUGACAUUGCCUUCCAUCAAGAUGGCUCUUUGGCUGGCACUGGGGGACUGGAUGCAUUUGGUCGAGUUUGGGACCUACGCACAGGACGUUGUAUCAUGUUCCUAGAAGGCCACCUGAAGGAAAUCUAUGGAAUAAAUUUCUCUCCCAAUGGAUACCACAUUGCAACUGGCAGUGGCGACAACACCUGCAAAGUGUGGGAUCUCCGGCAGCGGCGUUGCAUCUACACCAUCCCUGCCCAUCAGAACUUAGUGACUGGUGUCAAGUUUGAGCCUAUCCAUGGGGACUUCUUGCUCACUGGUGCCUAUGAUAACACAGCCAAGAUAUGGACCCACCCAGGCUGGUCUCCACUGAAGACUCUGGCUGGCCACGAAGGCAAAGUGAUGGGCCUAGACAUUUCUUCCGAUGGGCAGCUCAUAGCCACUUGCUCAUAUGACAGGACCUUUAAGCUCUGGAUGGCUGAAUAGGCAAGACCACAGAAAAAGGACUCAAACCACAGGCUCUCCCUUAGUAGCCAUUUUCCUCAAAAGAAAAUAAUUGAUGUGUUUUGUUCUAUCAUGUUUCUGCCAAUUAUUAUGUAUAGACAGACCCUCAAUAAAAUUGGAUUUCCAUGACAGCCCACACUCCAGGCAGGCAGCCGGCA